UUUAUCGAUAUCGUCUUAUCGAGUAUUUGGUAUGACCAUAAAAUUACCCGUACACCUAAAAUAUGGGUGUGUAUUGACGAAACCACAGAUUCAGAACGCCAAAACGUGGCUAACAUAAUAGUUGGAAUUCUACAACCAGAAAAUCCUGGAAAUUUGUAUCUUCUUCACACAGACUAUUUAGAUAAGGUAAAUAGUAGUACAAUUACCCAGCUAUUUGACAAAGCAAUGCAUAUAUUGUGGCCAACUAAUGUAAAAUACGACAAUAUUUUGCUUUUUAUAUCUAACACGGCUCCUUAUAUGAAGAAAGCGGGUAGUACAAUUCAAACUUUGUACCCGAAUAUUAUUCAUUUAAAUUGUUUGGCUCAUGCAUGUCAUAACGUCUGUGAAGAAGUACGAGCAUAUUAUAAAAAUGUAGACCAGUUAAUUUCUGAAAUGAAAAAGACAUUUUUAAAAUGUCCUAAGAGAAUCGCAGUUCUGAAAGAAAAAUGUCCAGAAUUGCCAAAUCCACCUAGACCGAUAAUUACACGUUGUGGUACAUGGAUUAAUGCAGUAAAAUACUAAUGUACAAAUUUCAAUGAACUGAAAUCUAUAAUUGAAGAAUUCGAAGAAGAAUCUGAAUGUGUGAGAGCAGCUAAAAGACUUUUUAAAAUGUCUUCGAUACAAAGUAAUCUGGUGUAUAUUGUAUCUAAUUUUGGAUUUUUGCCUGACACAAUUACAAAACUAGAAACAAGAGGUGUAUUACUAUCGAAAAGUGUAGAUGUUGUAAAUAAUAUAAAGAUUAAACUCGAAGAAUGCAAUGGCGAAAUAGCUAAAUUGAUUUUGGAUAAAUUCAACAAAGUUAUAUCGAAGAACAAAGGAUGGGAAAAUAUCAAAAAGAUCAACCGAGUAUUGAUUGGAGAAACCACAAGCGAUGACGAUCUAUCAAGUAGCAAUCUUAAUUUAGAUAACUAUUUAAGUAUGAAAUACGCCCCGAUAACUUCGGUGGACGUAGAAAGAUCGUUUUCGAUCUACAAAAAUAUUUUAACCCCAAACCGUAGCCGUUUUACUGAAGACAGACUAUAAAAAUACAUGGUAGUCAAUUUUUUUUUUAAUACCAAUUAGUUUAUUUUGCAUGCAGUUUUAAUUUUUAAUUUGUAUUUUUCUCAAAAUGUGUGCAAUUGAAAGUGUUUAAAAAAUGUUCACUUUUUUUUUUUAUAGUAUAUUUAUGAAUUGCCUUUUUAUACAAAUUAAAUGCUUUUUUUUGCCUUUUUUUACAUUUUAAAUGCUUUUUUUUGAUUAUAUUGCCUUCAAAUCCGAACCCUAUUAUAGGUCCUAUAAUUUAUUACUUAUUGUAUAUUUUCGACUGCAGUUCGCCAGUUGAACCUCGGCCUACAGGUCUUUAUUUAUUAUAUGUACAUAGGGAAUUAAAUGCAAAUAACUUAAUAAAAUCAGUCAUAUAGAUAGUUUAUCCAAUAAACAUAAGCGUCGUUUAGAAUUAGUUGUGUAAAUUAUAAAAUAUAAAUAUUGCGAGAUAUUUUGUAGAUGUUUUAAAUUUCUUUGUAAUUUUACCCCUAACCUGAAAAAAAAUAAUAAGCUCUAGAUCCACCAUUGAGUUCAUCUAGUAUUCCUGAAUUCUGACCAACACACACAUAAUGCACAGGCACUAAAUUUUGGUGUUAAAUUAUAGUUACCCAUUUUCAAUUUUUAGGAACAAUGGAUAGAAAAUUACAACAAAAUAAUAUAUUAAAUUUAAAAAACUAGCACGUGGUUUAAAUUAUAUUAUAAACUAGCUGAUCCCAUGCAUUUCGUUGCCUAGCAACCAAUAAUUAUUAUUAUAAUAGCUUCAAAACCCAUGCCAACUGAAACAUAGACAAACAU